AAUAACACCUGAAUCUAUCAGGUAAAGGCUUUCCAGAGUUCUAUAAAAACUUAACGACAUACAAAGUUUCAGACAUAAGAUUAGAUUUGUAGAGGGCCAAAGCAAAUAAGAAGGCUAAGUCAAAUACACAAAACAUUGCAAACAUAAGAUUAGAUUGUGGAGAACCAAAACAAGAAAGCAAAGACAGAGAGCUAUGUCAGGAGAACCUUCUUUAUGCAUUAGAGGCUGUGGCUUCUUCAGCUCUUCACAGACAAAGAACCUAUGCUCUAAGUGCUACAACGAUUUCUUAAAGGACGAGUCUGCCAGAUACUUACCCACUUUGAAAAACAACUUGAAAACAGCAGUGGAGGCGGCUGAAGAGGUCACAACCGAGGAGGUGACGGCCAUUGAGGUGAAGAAGAAGGAUAAGAAAAAGAGUAGUAGAUGCAAUACGUGCAAGAAGAAGGUGGGGUUGCUAGGGUUUCACUGUAGAUGUGGUCACAUGUUCUGCGGGUCUCACCGAUACCCGGAGGAGCAUUCUUGUCCGUCGGAUUAUAAAUCUGCCGCCAUACACGAUCUAACAAAACAAAACCCUAUCGUCAAGGGUGAUAAACUCUUCAGACUUUAAUCACCCUUCGAAUUGAUGUUUGGUGUUCUUUUUUAUUUUAUCAUCCUUGUAAAUAAUUUUUUUCAG